AACCGCCUCACCUUCUUGUUCCCUUCCCGUCGCCUCCUGGCAUUUAGCUAGGCAUCCUCAGCUCAGGAUUGCCUUUCACGCACUUCUCUUCUCAUUCACGACGAGUGUUCCCAGUCAUUUAUAAUUUUCCGAGCCGCAGACAAGACGGGCCACUCUUAUCACACAUUUUGCCAUUCUUUUAUAUAUCCUGUCUCUUCUGAGCAAAAAUCAUGCAUCCUAAAUUCUUACAAAGAUCAAGUCCCAUAGACUUAUUUUCUCGUGGCAGCCCAAGCUGCGUAUCUCCCAACCCGGAUAACACACUCACAGACCGCCUCAAUACGCUUCUAAACUCAUCUGGUCCGGGUUACGUCCUGAGCUUAUGUCCAGGUGAACAAUACCUCAUCCAAGCUCCUAUACUCUUCGCUGCUUCCAACCAAGAAAUCAGUACGGCUGGAUAUCCGACUGGAGACGAAAGGGCCACUCUCGUAGUGAAUGGCCCUGUCUUUAAUGGUACUGGGCACACUACUGCUGUAGACGGAUCGUGCGGAAACUGCGAUGGUGUCAAACUACGGAACAUUCAGAUAAAUGGUACACGGCUUGGUGGACCUCCUAUUAAUGGAGGAGCGAACAUCGAGUUCGGAGGUCCGAACUCGAACCAGCUUAUUGAAUACGUACAUUCAUUCGAUCCAAGAGGCUGGUCGUGUCUGCAUGUCGCCGAAGGAACCUUGAAUUGCAAUAACGCUACUGUCCAGAACAACGAUAUCGGGCCCGCAGGUUCGGAUGCCUUUCAGCAAUGGGCUGACGGGAUUAGCGUUGCAUGUCGGAAUAGUCUGGUCAGGAAUAACAUGAUCAACAAUCCCACUGAUGGCGGGAUAGUCCUCUUUGGAUCACCUGGCACCCGAGUAGAAAAUAACACUAUUUGGGUCGAGACUAACACUCUUCUUGGCGGCAUCAAUAUGGUUGAUGUUUCGCCGUUUGGCGGGGACUAUGACGGCGUUGUUGUCACGAACAACUCUAUUGCUGGUGGUUUUGCUUCACAGUCACCACAAGGCGCUGACAAGGACGGGACGAAUAUUGAUGAUGCGAUCAUCAAGAUUGGAAUUGCCAUAGGCCCUCGAACAUGGUUCGGGAACGAGUACCGGAACAAUGUCAGCACAGGCGGAACCGUCAUAAACAAUCAACUUACCGGUGCAUUCAGUUUUGCCAUAGCCAUGAGCUCUGCCAAUAAUUUCACGGUGGAAAAUAACGAGCUUGUGGGUAACACAUCCUUUAUCGGUGCACGCGGACCCAAUUGCACUUCCAAUGACCCGACACCGCCGCCAUCGGCUUUCAUCAUCGACUUGAGUAACGUAGCCAAGUCGACUACUCAGACUAACUUCCUCAAUGUAUCUGACGGCGACAGUCUCACUUGCAUUCUUCCUCCUGAUGGCGGUAACUACUGGCCAUAUGGCGGGAAUCCCGCGUCUAACUCGACACCACCCAUUGGUCCACCUGAGCCGAACAAGAUAACUUCCAGCCAUUCGUCUACUGGAACGACAGUAGGACUUGUGGUUGGCAUCAUUGGCGGUAUCAUCUUCAUUGGAGCAGCAACUUGGUUCAUUCGCAAAUGGGCACUGCGCCGGUCGGCAAAUAACACGCAUUUCAAUUCCACGAGGAACAAAGGAUAUGUCCAGAGUAGAGAUUUCUGAAAGUAACAUCCCAUGACAUGAUUGUACGGACUUCUAUGUUCUCUGUUUGUGGUUUUUAUUCCCAUUUGUUCUUUGUGACUUACUUGCAUACUAUGAUACCAAAAUAUCGGAUUGUUACACAAAUUAUGGCUUUCGCACCUCUUCUUGUAUAGUCCAGACUCACUUUCGUAGAUCUAGUGUUUUGUCGUGUACCACGUCGAAUAGAAUAAUUUGCUUAGUCUCGUCAUGACCAUGUGUCCACAGUCAGAAA